AUGUUUAAUGAAUUUUUCAAGAAGAUUGUAGACCAGAUAUCUAAGGUUUCAAAAUUCACACCUGAGGAAGUCGAGAGAUGUAUGGAGAAGUCUUUCCAGCCAAGGAAGCCCAAUGUAACUCUUUUCCUCAUCAAGAUAUCAUCAACUGCACAAGAAGAUGCUAAGGAGUUAUAUGAAGCACUUGUUAGGGCCAACGUUGAUUUUUUUGAGAAUAUAGUAAUAAGAGGAUCCUCUGUCUGUUUUGACAUAAACAAGAAGGUAAUACUAAGGGACGUGCUUGGAUACAUCCAAAAAAACAAAGAUACGUUUGGAAGCAAUGAUAUUGGUAAAGGCAAGCGCAUAGUUGUGGAUUAUAGUAGUCCUAACAUUGCAAAGGUCUUCCACAUGGGACACCUCAGGACAACAAUACUAGGGCAGUUCAUUGUGAACCUACUGAAGGCUUCUGGAUACGAGACUACUAGCAUAAACUACUUUGGAGACUGGGGAAAGCAAUUUGGGUUUGUUUUGCUUGGAUACGGUAAGUAUGGAGAUGAGAAGGAGUUGGAGAGGGAUCCACUCAAGCAUCUGCUCAAUGUCUAUGUGAAAAUAAGCAGUGAUGCAAAGGAAAACCCAGAUGUUGAUUCUGAGGCAAAGGAUCUUUUCAGGAAGAUGGAGGAAGAGAAGGAUGAAUGGUGUAUAAGCCUUUGGAAGAAGUUCCGGGAGUUAAGCAUCGAAAGAUACAAAACCCUUUAUGAGAAAUUGAAUGUGAGGUUUGACGUCUACUCUGGUGAAAGCAUGUACAAUGAAAAAGGAAAAAAGAUAGUCGAGACAUGCGAGCUAGUGAGGACGGAUGCAGAUGGAUCUAAGGUCUUUGACCUUGGAAAAAGGGGGAAGGUACUUGUGAUGAAGAAUGACGGGACAACACUCUAUAUAACAAGAGAUAUUGCAGCUGCAAUUGAAAGGGUUGAGGAUUACUCUCCAGAAAAGAUUAUUUAUGUUGUAUCUAGUGAGCAGAAUAAACACUUUGAAGAUCUUUUCAAGGUGCUUGGGGUGCUUGGGUAUGACGAAGAUAAGUUUUUACAUGUGAGCUAUGGGCUGGUUGCUGGAAUGUCUACAAGAGCAGGAAGGGUUCAAUUUCUUGAGGACAUAAUCCAGGAAUCGACAGAUGUGAUGAAGAAGGUGAUGCUGUCGGAUACUAACAAAAGUUCGUUCACUAUGGCUGAAAUGGACAAGACUGCAGAGAUUCUUGCCAUAUCAACACUACUUGUUAUGGAUUUUACCGCCAGAAGAGUCAAGGGCUAUGAGUUUGACAUUGAGAAAAGAGCCAGAAACACCUCCGGGACAGGGCCAUAUCUGCAGUAUGCUCAUUGUAGGUUGAAGAGCAUCGAGGUCAAAAACAGCAAAAUUGACUACAGUGAUAUAAGUACAAUUGAUUUUACACUUAUACAUGUUCCAGAGGUCACUAAUCUUGUCUAUAAGCUCUUAUGGUUCGAGCACAUUGUAGAGAAGUGUCUAGAGGAUUAUGAGCCUUCAAGAAUUGUUACCUAUUUACAGGACCUUGCUAGCACCAUCAAUGCCGCAAUAAACAGCUUGAAGGUUCUGGGUGUGGAAAAGGAGCUUGCCAGAGCUAGACUUCUUGUUCUGUCCUCUGCCAGGAUUGUUCUUCACAAUGGGCUGAAAAUCCUUGGUGCCACCCCCCUGAAUAAAAUGUGA